AUGAAGUUGGCUUUACCCUCCAGUCUUGAGAAUCAUUAUGAAAUGCUCAGGCUGCUGUACACGGGCUGCCAGGGGAUUGUGGAGGUUCAGGGAUAUGUGCUGAUAGCUCACGUCUCAGUGCAUUCGGUUCCUCUGGACAAUCUGCGGAUAAUACGAGGCAGCCAGCUUUAUAACUCCAGCUACGCUCUCGCUGCCUGUCGUCACUUCAAUGACAGUGGGACAUGUAAAGACAACUGCCCCCCACCCAGCAUCUACGACCCCAACACCUUUCAGUCCAAACCCAACAAGGACAAAAAGUUCAACUUUGGAGCCACAUGUGUUAAACAGUGUCCCCAUAACUAUUUGGCAAUGGAAGUGGCAUGUACAAUGGUCUGUCCCAAAGCGAACAAGGAAGUUAUUACGGUUGAGCCAGAUGGUAAAGAAACACAGAAAUGUGAAAAAUGUGAAGGAGAGUGUCCAAAAGUGUGUUACGGACUAGGAAUGGGAAACCUUCAAGGGGUGUCAGUGGUGGAUGCCACCAACAUUGGCAUGUUCGUUGGCUGUGAGAAAAUCUACGGCAGUCUGGCUUUUCUUUCAGACUCCUUCAAAGUGUAA